AACUCGAGCGCAAUAUCAUCAAUACAAUAUUAAGUUCUUCAAUUUCUUCCUUUUGUCUCUCUAUCCUCUAGCAACUUACGUUAGUUCUUCAAUAGCAAGCAAAACUUGCUUUACGUCACCGAACUUAGCCAGCUAGCUAGCAGCAUUUGCACCCUAGCCAGGACACACAAAAAAGCUGAACUAUCACCGUCUCUCUAUAAAUCAUCGAUCAUAUUAUACCCAAGAUUAUCCAAAACAUCGACCAUUCCUUGUGAGAUAGAUAGGCCAAACAAUCCGAGUUUAACAAAUCAUGGGUAAUGAUUACUACUAUGAAUGCCCACAUCCCGUGGCAAUUCCUCCAGCAAAACCAUUCAUUGAGUCAAUAAAAUCGGGUAUCAAGGAGACUCUUUUCCCUGAUGACCCUUUUAGGCAAUUCAAGAACCAGCCAGCAUCUAGGAAAUUCAUUUUGGGAUUGCAGUACUUUGUACCUGUCCUGGAAUGGGGUCCUCGUUACACCUUCGAGUUCUUCAAAGCUGAUCUAAUAGCUGGAAUUACUAUUGCCAGUCUAGCAGUUCCUCAAGGGAUAAGUUAUGCAAGUCUUGCUAACUUGCCUCCAAUCCUUGGACUAUAUUCAAGCUUUGUGCCACCUUUGGUGUAUGCCAUGUUGGGGAGUUCAAAAGAUUUGGCCGUGGGUACAGUAGCUGUGGCAUCACUUCUCAUAUCUUCCAUGUUAGGGAAGGAGGUUAACCCUAAUGAGAACCCUAAGCUCUAUGUUCAGUUAGCUUUAACCGCUACCUUUUUUGCUGGAGUUUUCCAAGCUGCUCUUGGCUUUUUAAGGCUUGGGUUUAUUGUGGACUUUUUGUCCCAUGCAACAAUAGUGGGUUUCAUGGGAGGGGCUGCCACGGUUGUUUGCCUUCAGCAACUUAAAGGGAUCCUUGGGUUAGUUCGUUUCACUCAUGGGACUGAUCUUGUAUCGGUUAUGCGUUCAGUCUUUAGCCAAGCACACCAGUGGAGAUGGGAAAGUGGCGUCUUGGGUUGUUGUUUUCUCUUCUUCCUCAUUCUCACAAGAUACGUUAGCAAGAGAAAGCCAGGCUUCUUUUGGAUAAGUGCGAUGGCACCCCUGACAUCUGUUAUCGUCGGGAGUGUUCUUGUUUAUUUGACCCACGCUGAGCAAAACGGAGUUCAAGUGAUCGGGCACCUGAAGAAGGGAUUGAAUCCGCCAUCUGUGUCUGAGUUGGCUUUUGGGUCUCCAUAUCUGAUGACAGCUAUUAAAACUGGAAUCAUAACUGGUGUCAUAGCUCUUGCUGAAGGAGUAGCUGUUGGGAGGAGCUUUGCCAUGUUCAAGAAUUAUCAUAUUGAUGGAAACAAAGAGAUGAUUGCUUUUGGGAUGAUGAAUAUUGCAGGCUCUUGCACCUCCUGUUAUCUGACCACAGGACCAUUUUCGCGAACUGCGGUGAAUUUCAAUGCAGGGUGCAAAACUGCAGUCUCUAACAUAGUCAUGGCAACAGCUGUGAUGAUCACGUUGCUAUUUCUAACACCUUUGUUCCAUUAUACUCCCCUAGUGGUUCUCUCCUCCAUUAUCAUUGCUGCAAUGCUCGGCCUAAUUGAUUAUGAAGCUGCAAUUAGCCUCUGGAAAGUUGAUAAGUGUGACUUCAUUGUUUGCAUGAGUGCAUAUAUUGGUGUUGUCUUUGGCAGUGUGGAAAUUGGAUUGGUCAUUGCUGUCGCAAUUUCUUUGCUAAGGAUGCUCAUGUCUGUAGCAAGGCCAAGGACUUUUCUUUUAGGCAACAUUCCCAACUCCAUGAUUUACAGAAGCAUAGACCAAUACCCAAUUGCAAACAAUGUUCCAGGAGUUCUCAUUCUCCAGAUUGAUGCACCAGUCUACUUUGCCAACGCAAACUACUUGAGAGAAAGGAUAUCAAGAUGGAUAUAUGAGGAGGAAGAAAAGCUAAAAUCCACAGGAGGAUCAAGCUUACAGUAUGUGAUACUAGAUCUGAGUGCUGUCGGCAGCAUAGAUACAAGUGGGAUCAGUAUGCUUGAAGAAGUAAAGAAAAACAUUGAUAGAAGAGAUCUCAAGCUCGUACUGGCGAACCCAAGAAGUGAGGUGAUUAAGAAGCUAGAGAAGUCAAAGUUCAUGGAAAGCAUUGGUCAGGAAUGGAUCUAUCUUACAGUAGGCGAGGCUGUGGCAGCAUGCAAUUUUAUGCUACAUAGAAGCAAAUCAUCAAAUAAUCCUGCCACAGAAAAAGUUGAGCUUGACGCACACGAUAAUGUCUGAGGUAAAAGUGGAAGAAUUGCCUGGUAUGCUUAUUGGGUCCAGCCACAGCUUUGGUAUGAUGGUUCACCGCUGAAGAACCCCUCCUAAUCUGAUUGAUCCAAGCAUUGAAAAACCAGAUGAUUUUGUGGUGCAGUGGUUACAAGUUAAAGGUCUAAAAAACUUCUGUGUAUCUCCUUACAUCGAAUAUGAUAGCAUGUGGUUCUUUCUAGAAAUUAUAACAUGUUAGUUCACAUCUAUGCUGGCUCUCUAUUCCCUUCACAUUUGAUGUUUCAGACUAGAAUCAACGUUUCAAACCCAUACUAAAACCGACGUGGGCCUCCCCUGCUGAUGCAUCAACAGUGAAAUCAUGACAUAAAAUUUGGUUGGGAAUUCUACCAAAGUAGCAUAGUUUGGACAAAAUGUGAAAGGUUCUGCCUAUCCACAGCACUAACAGGAAAAGAAAACGCUUGUGCCAAAAAUCUCUAAAAAUUAUGACUGGCGUUGUAAUCUAUACACACUUCGACAAUUUAGUAUAUCGAUAAGUCCUAGUUCGAAGCUGCCAAGAGAGUGGAAUAGAUUAGAGCUCCCAGCUGAUGUUUCCCAAAUUGGUACCAUGUGAACAAGCUCUAAAGAACAAGAAGGAUUAGGUGUUGAAUAGCACAAGGGGUUUCCCAGAUUGUGUACCAUGUGAACAAGCUCUAAAGAGCAAGGUGCCCCUUUGAAAAACUAGCUUCUUUUGAUUUUAGAUUAUCUCCUAUUCAACGGAUUAUUUUGACUGACCAAAUACUAACAAUAAUUAAUGCUGCAGAAGGAUUAGGUGUUGAAUAGCACAAGGGCGAUCAUUUUAAUUUUUUUAAAAAAACUACAUGCCCAAAAGGCCAUUCUUUCUGUCUUCUUAAUAAAUUCGUUCUCUCCAAGGGACCGCAAUUGGAAAACAGGUGUUCUUUCAGACCCUGCCUGGGCUAGUUCUCUGCUCAUGGCCAAGAAAAUGAAUCUAGUUUCUCUUGUGCUCCAGUUGCUCUUCCUAGUCUCUCUCUUGUCUGGAGUAACUCAUGGCAGUGCUUACAGGUUCACCCUGAUGGAAGAGUCCCCAGGAGCUAAUGGCAGAGAUGACAGGCCAAGGCCACCAUCCCCGAAAGGAUAUGAUCCGGGAGAGAUAUCUACACCCCCAUAAAGUAGAACGAAAGAAAAAAUGCUGCAGCAGCAACCCUACGUGCCUUGCAAUAGUGGUGCGCGUACUUUGUUUCUGUUGAGUGAUUUUAGUUUUACGGGUUUUAAAGGUUCGAUGUAGUAGCUUACAUUUGGAUUUUGCAUAAUAAUGGUGGCUCAUGUCCUGUACAUCUUGAAGUGUUGUAAUAUAUAUUUUUUGCCUUACUAAA